AAAGAAGAAUAUUAUUAAUCUUUUUUAAAAAAAAUACGAAAUCAUUAAAAAACAUUAAAAAUAAUACAAAGUGAUGGGUACGUCUAACAGCUCUAGGAAAUUAACCAUAAUAUUCGCCGCUGGUUGCUUUCUAAUAGUAACUUUAACAUGCUGCGUUAUUUUACCAUUCUUCUAUUCGCAAAUGUCCACCUUGAAAACUGAACAAAAGGUUGUGGUAGAAGGAAUGCUAGAAUCCCUGAUCGAAAAGCAAGUCAUAGUGGAACAGAUGGAAGCCGAAUUGAAACGUUUAACGGAAAUAAAGCAAAAAACUGUACCGACUAGUCAUAGGAUAUCAUCCCAUUUAUCCCAAGCUAGAUCAAAGAGAAGUACUGAUGAAGCGGUAGAGGCAGUUGAGGCUGCAGCGCCGGUUCCGGUAGAAACAGCUGAUAGAACUAAAAGAUUAGACCGCCAUGGAUAUGAUGACUAUGGCGAACCUAGAGGAACUAAGGAUGUUGAAGCUGGGAGAGAUGAUUCAAGAUACAUUGAACUGUUGAGGAAUCUCCAACAAACCGGAGGUGUCGUGGAAGUUGAUUGUGGAUGUCCCAAUGGUAAGCCUGGAUCUCCUGGACCUCAAGGUCCUCCUGGAAAUCCUGGUCAGCCUGGUACUUCCGGAAAAGACGGCCAGUCGGGUAGACCUGGUCAUGAUGGGCAACCCGGUAAACCGGGCUCAGAUGGAAAAACGGGGCCAGCUGGUCCUCCAGGACGUAACGGUAAUGAUGGAAGAGCCGGAAACGCGGGUCAAAAUGGCAGACCAGGUCCAGAUGGUCAACCAGGUAGAGAUGGACAGCCUGGAAGAGAUGGACAAAAUGGAUCACCUGGCCGAGACGGAGAACCAGGUAGAGAUGGUGAGCCAGGAGCACCCGGAGAAUCUGGAAAAGAUGGAAGUGAUGGAGAAUCGGGCAAACCUGGGCAAGAUGGAUCUCCUGGACCUAGGGGACCAAGUGGACCUAAAGGUGUUGACGGCCAACCAGGUAUCCCUGGUAGAGAUGGUCAGCCUGGCAAGGACGGUUUACCUGGAAAAAGAGGCAGAGAUGGAAAUCCUGGAGUAGAUAACAAGGGACCAGGACCGUCUGGAGACGCUGGCAACCCAGGACGAGAUGGACAGCCCGGUUCAGCCGGUCCGGAUGGAAAGCCCGGCCGAGACGGAAAUGCUGGUCGCGACGGACAGCCAGGAAAUCCUGGCAAAGAUGGUGCCCCUGGAUCUUCAGGUAUUGAUGGACCACCCGGAAAAGAUGGCAUAUCUGGCCAACCCGGAAAAGACGGACCAGCUGGUAACCCUGGACGAGACGGAAAACCUGGCGUUCCCGGCAAACGAGGUUCAGGCGGUGAUAAAGGACCCGACGGCAAAGCUGGAUUAUCAGGAAAAUCUGGAAGAGAUGGAAUACCUGGUUCUGAUGGUAAGCCCGGAAUUGAUGGCAGACCUGGAGAAAAUGGAUCACCUGGUUUAGAUGGCGAUGCUGGCCGAGACGGUAGAGACGGAGCCCCUGGUAACAAAGGUCGAGAUGGUCUUCCAGGCUUGGACGGUAAGCCGGGCAAAGAUGGUAGGCCAGGAAGUCCUGGAAAAUCUGGGGCUAAGGGAUCCAAAGGUGAAUCUGGUGCACCUGGAGCUGACGGCCAUCCAGGUAUCCCUGGCAAUGAUGGUCCGCCAGGUCCUAAUGGCGAACCUGGUCCAACCGGAUCUCAAGCUGGUAAUGCGGGACGCCCUGGUAACGAUGGAAGGUCCGGAAGUCCAGGACAGUCUGGUCCCCCAGGAUCAAGAGGUAAAGCCGGCAACCCUGGUCAAUCAGGUAGCGCUGGCUCUAAAGGAGAUUCUGGUAUCCCAGGUAAGGAUGGAGAAUCUGGUACACCUGGCUCCCCUGGACAAGAUGGUCAACCCGGGUCUAAUGGUACACCUGGUAGAUGCCUCAAUGAGUGCCAAGCCGAUAACAGGAAAAUCACUCUUUGCGGUGGAUCCGUCUAUAUACAUUAUGGUAAGAAGACUUGCGCCGAAUCUGAAACUAGAGCUCAAGUUGUAUACAGCGGUUACAUAGCUGGAGGUCAUUAUGCUGACAAUUAUCCAGGAGGUGGUCACAACUACCUUUGCCUUCCAGAAAAUCCCAAUUUCGAAAAUUAUGUUGAAGGAUUUGCAUCUGGCGAUGACAAUGAAGGCGGAUCCAGAAUUUACGGUGCCGAAUACAGGGUUUACCCAGAAGCCUCUCCAUUCAUUGGAGUUGUGGGGAAUAUCAAACAAAAACAAGCCGUUUGUGCGGUCUGUUACACCAGUCACAUGUGUACUCAUGUUAUGAUUCCUGGAGCUGUUGAAUGCCCAAGAGGUAUGAUCAAGGAAUACGGCGGUUAUCUUAUGGCUCUUAACAACAAAUUCUGCCGCUCUCAAUACAUUUGCGUGGACGAAUCUCCAGAUUACCAUAUUGAUGUUGAUAGCGUAGGAGAUGGAAGUGCCUUGUACAUCGUUGAAGCCAAAUGUGGUGCCUUACCUUGCAAUGCUUAUCCAGAUGGCAGAGAAAUCGCUUGCGUGGUUUGCGGCAAAUAAACACACACUUUACAACAUCGGCCCUUAUUUUUAUUAUAUUGAAAUUUUUUUAUAAUUUAAAAAAAAACUAACAUUCUAAUUUUUAUUAUGAUAGAUACAUUUGCUAAAGUCAGGAAAUAAUUAUAGUCGCUUUUAUGUAGUUUUUUUUAAAAAAAUAAC